AUGAAUCGAAACUCAGCGAAACGAGUGAUUCUCCGUGUCCCAGAGACCGACAUGGACUACCAGAACCCCAGGGAGUUCGUUGACUUCUACUUCACCAAGUUCCCCGCUGAAGCGGCGUCCGAUCCAGCCCGCCAUUUCAUCCACUACCAACCGCCCAGCGACAUCGAGGACCCUCAAUCAAACCCCAAAAUCCACAUCGUCAUCGAUAUCGAGACACAGGAAGUGUCAGGGGAGACUCUUAGCGAAGAUUUUCCGCAUGAGAUCUAUGCAGCUCGUCGAGGAACGUCUGGAUUGCAGCUGUACGCUUAUCCAGAAACCGUCAAGGAGAAUCUCAUUCAAAAGAUUCGGGUAUUCAGCGAUGGAUUCUAUCCUUGGGCUAGAAGCAGGGGCGAUAGAGAGCUCCAUGAGACUCAGACUCAGGCUUUAUAG